AUGUUCUUCUACCGUCCGUUGCCCGCGUCGUUCUGCAUGUCGGUCACGGUCUUGCUCACGCUCAGCUUCUCGUUCUUACUCCGAAAGCGCCGCUCUUCGAAACGCAUGUUGCUGUCUGUUAGUCACCCGAAGGACAGAGCAAUUGCUCUCGUUCAGCAGCACUCGAUGGGAAACGCGAUACGUUGUAUUUACCUCGCACUCGCGGUCUUCCUGGCUCAAAACCGCACGUCUUUCUUGAAAGCAAACACUCUCUUGCUCUCGUCGGUCCUGGAGCGCGUCCCCGCUCAGUCGGGCUCUUCGCGCACGUUUGCUUAG